AUGCCUAAAUAUAGAACUAAAGAUUAUCAGCGAAAUUUAGCUAUUUUGCUUGCUCCGACUCAAAAAGAGUUAGAGUUUGAGACUUUAACUGAGGAAAAGGAUGAACUGACUGAAAAAAUUAACUCUUUUUUAAAAAAAUUCAAACAAGUUCAACAAGAUGCCAAAGAACAAAUUGAGCAACUAAAUCAAGAAAUCACCCAAAAAGAUGAUCGGAUCGCUCAACUCCAUGAAUUAUUUCAAGGCACUGCUAAGAUAUUUUCUAAACAGCAUAAUUUUGUUGACCAUUUAAAGACCAAACUGCAAAAAGAACAAAAAGAAAAAGGAAUUAGUGAAGAAAAGUCUCAGCAUUUACAAGCGGAUAUUGAACAACUGGAUCAGCAAAAAAAAGAACUAGGUCAGAGAAUUAAAGAGUUAGAAAAAGAGAAAAAAAACAGCAAAGCCAUUCGGGAUAAAGAAAUUAAGGAAUUAAAAGAAAAAGUAUCAGAGUUUAAAGAACAAUUAGAUAUAAAAACCGAAGUUAAUAAACAACUAAGAAAAAAGGUGGGUGAACAAAAAAAAUCCAUUAAAGAAUUAACCGAAACGGAAAAAAUGGCAUGGAAUAAAAAAGAGAUAAGAGCUUUUGGAAUUCUUCGUGAAAUUUGUUUUAUUUUAACUAUAAAAUCUUUAAAAUCAUCUGAAAAAAAUGAAAAAAACCAAUCUCUUUUUGCUGAACUUGUUUCUUUGGGAAUUGAAGGGGCAGUGCCGCCAUUUUCAGAAACUACUGCCGAUUUUCCACAUAAAAUAAAUAGAUAUUCGACUUUUUCAAUUGUUUCUACAAUUAAGGUAGCUAUCGAAAAUUUAACUAGAGAAAACCAAAGCCAGCAACAAACCAUUAAAGACUUAACCGAGGUGAAAAUGAAGCGAGAAGGGAGCGAAGAAAGAUUAAAAAAACAGAGUGAGGAAUUUUUAAAAGUUCAGCAAAUGAACCAAGUAGUUUAUGAUAUUUUGGGUAAAUAUUCAACCGCUACUGGAUUAUUAGUAAGAACUCAGGAGGUAGUUAAGAUACUUGAAACAAUUGAAAAGGCUUUGAUUGUUAAUGGCAAACCAAUAAAACGAGCUUUAAUAGAAAAAUUAUCUGAAUUAAAUAGAUUUGAAAGAGAAUUAAAAGUUCACCAAUAUGAAUUAGAUCACCCUAAAAAGGAGAAAUUUCAUGAUAUUCAUCCUGAAAGUGAACCCCUUGCUGAAUUAAAUAAGCUUUUGGAUGAAUGGUAUAAUCAUAAUGAGGGAAAAGGUUCUGAACCUAAUCCUUAUGAAAUAGAGGUUCAUGAACAUCAGUUAAGUUAUAACCAAGUAAAAAUUACAGCCGAAAGAAGUAUUUUUUACAAUGACUAUUAUUACUUAAUUAAAAGUGGAGCAAAUGGAAUUCUUCAUCAUAGCGAGAGUAAAUUAAUAGAAAGAGAAGAAAUCUGCUCUUGCCCUCAAUACAAUAUUGCAACUAAUUUCUAUGAUUUCGGAAGUGCUUAUGAAUUGAACCUUAAAUUGUAUAAGCUUAAUAACUCACUUGUAGAAAUCGAUGGACUUAUAACGGCAGGAAUAGGUCAAGAUACUAAAGGAAAUCAAAGCCCGGUAGGUAAUGAAAUUAAUUCACUAUUAGAAGAACUUGAAAGCGUAAAUCCAUCAGGGACAUGUUUAACUUUUUUUGGUUAUCAAAACACUAUUUUGACAAGAGUUACUGAAAGCAUUUCAGCAAAAAUAGGAGGCAAUUCUUUUGUUAAUAAAUUCUUUGAAUGUGUGGUCGAUACUACUCUGAAUGAUGAUAAAGGACAAAAUAAUCGACAAACCGAGCGAAGUGUCGUUAGUGAAAGUUCAACUAAUGGAAUACAAGGUAGCAAUUUUUUGCAACCCCAUUUAUAUAGUAUCGAUCAUACUAAGGCUGAAUAUACUUUCUACCAAUUUUGGCAUCGGUAUAUUUUGAGCGGAAAAUACCCUUUAUCUUUAAGAAUAGAAUUCAAUCAAAACCUUUUGAAUCAAUACAAAAAGAAAAGAAAAUUAAAAGGCAAGAUGACUUAUGAUUAUUACAACUCACUCAAUUUCGGAGGGGAAAUCUUAAAUUUCCCAGGAUUUUUAAAAAAAAACAACCAUCGCGAUUUCUAUCAAAAAAAAUUGCCUAGUUCUGUUAAUAUUGAAAGCCGAGGUGGUAAUGCAACCGGGGACUUCAAUUUGCUUAGGAUUAUUAAAAAUUUGAAAGAAUCAAUUGGUCGUGACAAGCAGACGGGAGUAGAUGGAAUGAAAAGUAACGGAGAAGAUUUAUUUCCUAAAUUAAUUGAAAAAGGUAGUGCAAAAAUGAAAAUUGAUUCCCCUGCCCAUUCCGGAAGUUCUUGUCCUCACCAAGUAUGUUUGCCUAGAAGCCUUUCAAAUCAUCCCGGAAGAGAAGGAGAUAAAAGAGAAUUUAGAGCUAGGGAUAAUAAUUGUCAAAUAAUUUUAAUGCAAGAUGGAGAAUUUGAAGAGAUAAGACCAAUUGGAGAAUCUGAAGGAAAUCCACCUUCAGACAGUGCUAAAACACACAGCUUUACGCCUUUAGAAAUUCCUACCAAGCUCUUCGAUCCUAACUCUUUGCCAACAAAUUCUAAUUUAACUCCUUCUCCAACUGGUUCUGGUGAAAUAGAAGUUAAUGUUCCGGACAUUGAUAAUGGUCCGGACCCUGACUUUGGCACAGAUCCUGAUGGCGAUCCUGAAAAGCCAACCGAUCCUGAUCCAACUAAAGACCCUGAAAAGCCAACCGAUCCGGACACUGGACCUGCUCCUGAUUGA